UGAUCACUCUGACCUCUUGAGAACUUUAUAGAAUUUCUUUGAUACUUUUCAUGCAAGAUAAUAGGGAAACUUUAUUUUAUUAUCCAGCAAUUUUCUUCUUUCAAGCAUGACUACCUCUAAACCAACAAUUAUCCUCCUCCCCGGCGCAUGGCACCCACCAACAGUCUUCGCACCUCUCAUCAAUAAGCUCACAAGGCACGGCUAUAAAUGCAUCCCGCUCCCUCUACAAGCCACCGAUCAAAGUGAAGCCGUUCCCCCUCUCCAGAAGGAUCUUGACGCCCUUCAUCAAGCAGCGUCUAGAUGCAUUAAUGAUGGCGAAGAUGUGAUGGUCGUAGCUCACAGUUGGUCGGGCUUGAUUGCAGGUGGAGGACUAGAUGGAUUAGGAAAAGUGGAACGGGAGAAGGAGGGCAAGAAGAAUGGAGUUGUGAGGAUUGCGUAUCUGUGUGCUUUUUGUCCCGUGGAGAACGUGAGCUUGAUUGAUGCAUUUGGGGGGAAAGAGCCGGAGUUUUAUAAUGUGCAGAAACCAUGGGUCAAAGUCACCGGUCCAGAAAACCUCUUCUACAACGACCUUCCACCAGACCAGCAAGCAUACUGGGCAUCCCAGCUCCUGCCACACUCCUACGCAACCAAAUUCCAAGGCACGAAAACGGUAGCAUGGAAGAAGGUACCUUGCAGUUACUUAAUUUGCGAGAAUGACAAUGCGAUCCCGUCAUUUGUGCAAGAGGCUAUGGUGAAGAAAUGUCAAGAAGAAGGGGCGGAGAUGGAGGCUGAGAGAAUCAAAAGUGGACAUAGUCCGUUCUUGAGUAAGGUUGAUGAGACCGCUGAUUUCUUGAGGAGAGCAGCUGGGGAGAAGUUGUGAUUGAGACUCGAAAUCACUAAUAUGUAAUCUUGCUAUCGGAAUCUUGCUGCUAACAAAGUAACAUGAAGAAACUGUACUUGCAUAGUGCUAAAUAUGAGCCUCGAAGAAUAUCCAAUGUUGCACCUGUGCUAGGGCGUUAGUGGUUGUGAUACGGAGGAAAACGUCUGCACG